GAAUGCGCAAUACUUCUAGAUUGUAGAGAUCCCCAUAGCUUCACGUGAACAUGACUCGGUCUAUAGUUUUCUGGAAUAUCUGUAUGGCUCUGAACCCUGAAGAAACAGCUGGUGAUCAUUAGUAAAGCUACCAACCCAAGAAACAAGUGCUGACAAUUACUGGAGUCCAGGGGAUUGAUGCUGUCACAGGUGUUUGGUGUUUAUUCGUAAAUCGUUUUGAAAGAUUGUGUCUGUGGCCUCUAUACUCAAAGGUGUCGGUAUUUCAGUGUUGUAAAACAUUUUCCCGAUUUUUUUUUUGCACUUUGUCGGAACAAAGGGGUAUUUGGGUAUUCCUUGUUUUUACAGGAACCGGCUGAAAACUAGCUCUUCUUGGUUUGGGGUUCCAUUUAUUUAAAAAACUAAAUUGUAAAUUGGCUUCUAAACAGUGGAAUUGCUAAUUCCCGUCAUUCCAUGUUAUUCAUUGCGCACCUUCCAGCCCCCCCCCCCCCACCCAAUCUCCACCAGUGCAAUGGUUUGAGCCAGUAGGUCCGUCCAGGUGUAAUAAAAGCUGGAGAACACAAAAUUAAGAGCCACCUGUCUACAGAAAGCCAAGGACUGUCCUGCUUCACUCAAGAUCACUCGGAUCAGAGAGAUGGGAGGGAGAUUGUCCAAGGCUUCCUUGGCCAAAACAAGGUCAUGAUCUUUAGCGUCACAUCAUGCCAGCUUUCAGCACAGGUAAAGGAGCUAUUCAGAUCCAUGAAAGUCUCAUACUGUGUGCUGGAGCUCGAUCAAAGAGAGGAUAGGCAAGAGAUACAGCAGGCACUGUGGGAGCUGACUGAACAGAGGGAGCUACCCAGUGUGUUUGUAAACAGGCAGCAUAUAGGAGACUGGGAGAAGACCUCACAGGCGCACAGAGAGGGAAGGUUGCAGGCAUUGCUGGACAUGCAGGAGGUUAACCUCAGCCCAGACUUGUACGACUAUGACCUGCUGGUUAUCGGAGGGGGGUCUGGAGGACUGGCUGCUGCAAAGGAAGCUGCCACGUAUGGGAAGAAAGUUGUGGUCCUGGACUAUGUAACCCCAACUCCCAAGGGAACAACAUGGGGACUCGGUGGGACUUGUGUCAAUGUGGGCUGUAUUCCUAAGAAACUGAUGCACCAGGCGGCCAUUUUGGGACAAGCCAUUCACGACUCGCAGAGGUAUGGCUGGGAGCUUCAAGAAAAAGUGUCUCACAACUGGAGGAACAUGAGGCAGGCGGUUCAGGAUCACAUUGGCUCACUGCGCUUUGGCUACAGCAAGGCUCUGAGAGACAGCAAGGUUACCUACAUGAACGCCUAUGGGGAGUUUGUUGGGCCUCACCAGAUCAAGGCGACAAACAGUAAAGGAAAGGAGACUUUUUAUACAGCUGCAACCUUUAUCAUAGCAACGGGAGAGAGGCCGAGAUAUUUAGGCAUCCCUGGAGACAAGGAAUAUUGCAUUACCAGCGAUGACUUGUUCUCCCUGCCUCAGAGUCCCGGUAGGACGCUGGUGGUUGGUGCCUCUUAUGUGGCACUGGAGUGUGCUGGCUUCCUGGCAGGGCUCGGCCUGGACAUCUCGGUGAUGGUGCGCUCCAUCCUGCUCAGGGGGUUUGACCAGCACAUGGCCAACAAGAUCGGAGAGCAUAUGGAGCAGCACGGGGUCACGUUCAUCCGGCAGUUUGUACCCACCAAGAUUGAACGGCUUGAAGAAGGCAGCCCAGGCAAACUGAAAGUGACAGCCAAAUCUACAGAUGGAAAAGAGACUUUUGAAGGAGAGUAUAAUACAGUGUUACUUGCAGUUGGUAGGGAUGCCUGCACCCGUACUAUUGGUCUGGACACUGUGGGAGUGAAGAUCAAUGUAAAGACUGGUAAGAUCCCAGUAAACGAGGAAGAGCAGACGAACGUGCCCCAUAUCUACGCAAUCGGUGAUGUACUGGAGGGAAAGCUUGAGCUGACUCCUGUGGCAAUCCAAGCAGGGCGACUUCUGGCCAGGAGGCUGUAUGCAGAGCACAGCACCAAGUGUGACUACACCAACGUUCCAACCACUGUAUUCACUCCAUUAGAGUAUGGGGCUUGUGGCUUGUCAGAAGAGGACUCCAUUCAGAAGUAUGGGGAGGACAACAUUGAGGUGUAUCACAGUAACUUCUGGCCACUGGAGUGGACCGUGCCAGCCAGGGAUAAUAACACAUGCUAUGCAAAGAUUAUCUGCUACAAGCAAGACAGUGAACGAGUUGUAGGUUUCCAUGUCCUGGGACCAAACGCUGGAGAAAUCACCCAGGGCUUUGCAGCAGCGAUGAAAUGCGGAAUGACAAAGGAACAGCUUGACAACACAAUAGGGAUUCACCCUGUCUGCGCUGAGGUUUUCACCACAUUGUCAGUAACAAAACGCUCAGGAGGGGAUAUAGCUAAGGGUGGCUGCUGAGGUUAGUACCCUGCUGCUGACACUCAUUGCCAUUUCUGACAAACUCUGGCUACCACAAUAAAAUCCCUAAGAUAAAAGGUCUGACUCAAUAAAAAAAGCACACCUUUUUACAAUUUAGUUUUUGCAAUUUAGUGUCUGCCUUGACCCCCUUCUGUACAUGCUCAAAAGGGACUACCUGGGAUUGUGUGGCUUGAGUUUUGCCAUGGCAAUCUGUACAGCAGCAGGGGACUCCUGUUGAAGAUAAUGAACUGCUGUGCCGCAGGGCCCCCUGGAGUGCUCCAAUGACGUCUCAGCCUGGAACCGACCACAAGAGGUUGGCUGUGACUGAAAAACUGCCCGCACAGUAUGGAAACACUUGGUUGUUUGUGAAGGAUAUUUAAUGUAUAUUUAGAUUUCAUUUUUAAAAAAUGUAUGUAAUAUUGAAUAUUUUAGCUGUUCUUAUACAAUUUCACAGUUUUACACCACUCAACCUCUUUUUUGUAAACCAAGCAAUUUACUUUUCGGGGGGUCCCUGUUUUGAUAAAUUCACACAUGCUCCUAGAAGGAUCAAAUAAGCAGGGGAAACAAAGUGUUGAAAUACUCAUGACAGUAAAAGCGUCAUUGUUGAUACAUGGAGCUACUGUGUAUAUAGGACUAGCAUUACAUUUUUGGAGGGAGGUCUCUGUAGUCUUGAAAGCUUGUGAUUUAUUGUUUAGUUAGUCCAAUAAAAGGUAUCACCUCUCCUCUUUAUUUAAUGCUUAAGAAAUUAAUGUCUAAUAAAUAGAGUUGAAAAUCUAAUACAAAGGUAAUUAGAUAAUGUACACUUAUUAGGGAACCGUGAUACAAUGUAGUUUAAUAAAUCAAUUUGUUUUCAGUAUUUAUAUUUUACAUUUUUGUUUGUUGUUGUUUUACCAACCUAUAACCUUGUUUUCAGAUUGUAUUUCCAGAAUGUAUUAGAGCUUGGUUUUCAUUAAAAUAUAUACCCCUUA